UGCCCACGCAGGGUAUCCAGUGACCACGCAGUCCCCGGGACCACCUGCCUGCCUUCCCCAGCCCCGGGCGGGACUCGGCCCCUUCCUGCCCUGGCGCAGCCUGGAGGAGGGGUGGGGGCCACGACUUCCUAACCGGCCUGGGCCACAGGAAGGGGCUUAGGACCUGGUGCAGGGGCUGCAGCUUGGAGAGCAGGCCAGGGAGUCCUGCCAAGGGUUGGGAUUGUGGUUCUCAGGCCCCUGCAGCUGACCAUGGAGGACGCCAGUGAGGACCCCACCGUUUUCACUGCCCACUCUCUGCCCAGUGACCCCCGGCUCUUGGCCACCGUGACCAACGCAUACCUGGGCACACGUGUGUAUUAUGACACGCUGCAUGUGAGCGGCGUGUACAAUGGGGUCGGGACGGACACACACCGAGCGGCUCUGCCCAGCCCCCUCAACGUCCGGCUGGAGGCUCCUGCAGGGAAGGGGGGACAGCUGACGGAGACCUUUGCCCUGGACACCAGCACAGGUUCCUUUCUGCACACCCUGGAGGGCCCCAGCUUCCGGGCCUCCCAGUGCAUCUACGCCCACCGCACACUGACCCAUGUGCUGGCCUUCAGUGUGUCCAUUGCCCGUCAGACCGAGGGGCACGAGCCUGUCACGGUGCUGCUGCGGUCGGCCUUCUCCCCAGAAAGCCCAGACCUGGACCUGCGCCAGGGUCCUGACUUCCAGGGAGCCCGGUACCUCUAUGGCCACACCCUCAGCCCUGAGCAGCCUGGAGGGCCGCAGCAGGAGGUGCACAUGCUGUGGACACCAGUGCCUCCAGCCCUGACCCUGGCGGAAGGCCAGGAAGAUGGGACCUGGGACUUCCUGACGGUGGUGGGCAGCAGCCAGGCCGAGGCCCAGGCCUGCCUCGCUGAGGCCAUGCAGCUGCAGGCCGGGGGUGCUCUGUACAGCACCCACACACGGGCCUGGGCGCAGCUCUGGGCAGGCCGUGGCCUGGACGUGGCAGGGCCCCUGCCCCUGCGCCAGGCCCUGCGUGGCUCCCUCUACUACCUGCUCAGUGCCCUGCCCCCGCCCGGGGCCACGGAGUACAUCUGCCAUGGCCUCAGCCCCGGUGGCCUCUCCAACGGGAGCCGUGAGGAAUGCUACUGGGGCCACGUCUUCUGGGACCAGGAGCUCUGGAUGUUCCCGCUGGUCCUGAUGCUGCACCCAGAGGCGGCCAGGGCCAUCCUGGAGUACCGGGUCCGGACGCUGGGCGGGGCCCUGCAGAACGCCCACAACCUGGGCUACCAGGGAGCCAAGUUCGCCUGGGAGAGCGCGGGCUCCGGCCUGGAGGUCUGCCCCGAGGACAUUUACGGGACGCAGGAGAUCCACAUCAACGGGGCGGUGGUGCUGGCCUUCGAGCUGUACUACCACGCCACCCAGGACCUGCAGCUCUUCCGGGAGGCCGGCGGCUGGGACGUGGUCAGCGCCGUGGCGGAGUUUUGGUGCAGCCGCGUGGAAUGGAGCCCCAGGGAGGAGCAGUACCACCUUCGGGGAGUCAUGCCCCCCGACGAGUACCACGCCGGAGUCGACAACUCCGUGUACACCAACGUGGUGGCCCAGAACAGCCUGCGCUUUGCUGCUGCCCUGGCCUGGGACCUGGGGCUACCUGUCCCCAAGCGGUGGCUGGAGGUGGCUGACAAGAUCAAGGUGCCCUUCGACCAGGAACGGAACUUCCACCCCGAGUUUGAUGGGUACGAGCCUGGUGAGUGGACCCUGGGCUCCCACAGACCCCCCUCUGUCCACCCGGAGGCCCCGCCGCCCCCGUCAGCAGCCCCUCCCUUCAGGAGAGCAGGUGAAGCAGGCGGACGUGGUGCUCCUGGGGUACCCGGUCCCCUUCUCCCUGAGUCCCGAUGUGCGCAGGAGAAACCUGGAGGUCUACGAGGCCGUGACGUCCCCCCGGGGCCCCGCCAUGACCUGGGUGAGCAGCUGCGGGGUGGGGGGAGCCUGCCCACCGGCUUCCGUCUCCCCUCCCCACACUGCGGGCCUCACCCCAGCCUGUCCUCUGACCUCUGCCCCCAGAGCAUGUUCGCGGUGGGCUGGAUGGAGCUGAAGGACCCCGAGCAGGCCCGGAACUUUCUGGACAGGAGCUUCGCAAACGCGGCUGAGCCCUUCAAGGUGUGGACGGAGAAUGCGGACGGGUCGGGAGCCGUGAACUUCCUGACCGGCAUGGGCGGCUUCCUGCAGGCCGUGCUGUUCGGGUGCACGGGGUUCAGGGUCACCAGGGCAGGCGUGACCUUUGACCCCGUGUGCCCGGCCGGGGUCCCCAGAGUAUGCGUCUCUGGCAUCUUCUACCGGGGGAACAAGCUCAACUUCUCCUUCUCCGAGGACUCCGUGACGGUGGAAGUUACAGCCCAGCCGGGGCCCGGGGCAGCCCCACUGGAGGCCGAGCUUUGGCCGUCGGGGGCUCAGCUGCCUCUGCGGCCAGGAGAAAAGAUCUCCUUUCCUCGCUCUGCUGGCCGGAUACAGAAGUCAGCCCCGUAGCCGCCCGUAGGCCCCAGCUCUGGGAGUGCGAGACACCUGCCGCGGAGCCCAGGGCACCCUCCACUCCACCCCUGUCCCUCCAGCCCUGCCGAGUGCCUCGCGCGGAGCCCCGCUCCUGAGCAGCCGGGCUGCAGGCCCCAGCGUCGUCUCCUGGGCCUCCCUCUGGCCACCCUCCACGCCCACUGCUCCUCGACAUGCUCCUGGCCUGCCGUCCACCCGCCGUCCACCUGCAGACAGGCUCACGGGAAGGUCCAGGUUGCUUGGCCUGAAGUUCAAGGCCGUCUGCCUCUAGCCUGAGCCCCCCCAACUCCCUGGGCAGGGGGCGCAGGUCUGCCCCUGUGGAAUGACGGGACCCCAACCUCCUCUCGGCACCCCUUUUCGUGGCUUUCCCAGGACGCCUUCUUGAGCUUCUGCUGAGCCUGAGCCUCACCUCUCGUCCCACCCUCUCCUUUCCUGGGCACCACAGUCCACAGGGCCACGUGGGGAGCGGCCAGCGGCUCUGCCAAGAGGCAGAGGCAGGUGCAGGCCUCCGUGGGGACAGCAGGGCAAAGGGCCUGCAUGCAGGAAGGGGCCUCGGCCACCUACAGAAUUACUCAGUUGCAGCUUUGCCAAAAAGGAACUUUCCAGGUCAUGCCCUUGAGGAGCAGGCAGGGCUGGGCCCCAAGCUCACAGGGCAUCGUGGGGAUUUAAUCUCCUCCAUCCUGGCCUCCCUGCCUCCGGCACGGAGAAGGUGGGGUGGCAGCCUUUCGGAAGGGAAGUGGGGAGGUGGGGCCCGUCACCAGGAAAUGGGACAGGUGUAUGUGACAGCAAGACCCCGAAUUGCUCCGCUGACCAGCUGGAGGGGCCAGAGCCCACCGUGCUGGAUUCGAGGCCAUGGCCCUGGCCCUUUUGUCCUGGGUGGGCCCCCCAAUGCCAGAGGCUCUGUGCAGCCUCUGCUCCUGGACCUCAGUCCCUGGGGUGGCCAUCAGCGGUUCCCCAAAAAGGGAGGAGAGAGAGCCUUUUGCAAAGUCCUGAGGGAACCGAGCCCCCUGCCCUGGUCAGCCUGAGGAAUAAAAGUUUGGUGCCGAGGAAAGC